UAUCAUAGACAUUGGCACAAUAUUUGCAUAUAUUAGUAAAGUCUCUAAACCUCUUCCUCUUCUUGCAGAGCAGAUAUGGCGAAAAUUGCUUUAGGUUCCCACCAAGAGGCCAUCCAGCCCGACUGCAUCAAAGCCCUCGUUGUCGAGUUUAUCACGACCUUUUUGUUUGUGUUUGCCGGCGUUGGAUCCGCCAUCACCGCCGAUAGGCUACUAGGGGAUAGUCUUGUGGGGUUAUUCGCCGUAGCCGUGGCACAUGCGCUUGUUGUGGCAGUGAUGAUAUCCGCUGGCCACAUUUCGGGUGGCCAUCUCAAUCCAGCGGUUACGCUUGGCCUUCUAGCCGGUGGUCACAUCACAGUCAUCCGAUCCAUUCUCUACUGGAUUGACCAAUUGUUGGCCUCUUCAGCUGCUUGUAUUCUCCUCAAAUAUCUUACUGGUGGAUUGAGUACUCCGGUACAUACACUGGCGAGUGGGGUCGGGCAAGUUCAAGGAGUGGUGUGGGAAAUCGUGCUGACGUUUUCUUUGCUGUUCACGGUGUAUGCUACAAUGGUGGAUCCAAAGAAGGGGGCUCUUGAUGGGCUGGGCCCAACCUUGACUGGAUUUGUUGUUGGAGCCAACAUAUUAGCAGGUGGAGCUUUCUCAGGUGCUUCGAUGAACCCAGCAAGAUCUUUUGGGCCUGCUCUUGUAAGCUGGUACUGGACUGACCACUGGGUCUAUUGGGUUGGACCACUCAUUGGUGGUGGGCUUGCUGGGUUCAUCUAUGAAAAUUUCUUCAUUGUCAGAUCUCAUAUUCCUAUCGGCGGUGAAGAUAUCUAUUAACUUGUUCACUCCCCCUAAAAUUCACUUUCGCAGCUUCGUGUUUUCCAUAUAUUAAAAAAAUAAUAAAAUUUGAAGUUUCCUUCUA